AUGGAAUCGCCGGUGCAUUAUACGGACAACAUCCCGCCGGAGGACGAAGAGAAUCAAGAAAUUAGUAGCAUGGCGGACUCGGUGAGGGCUGUGGAGAAGCUGUUGAAUUACAAUUUCAAGGACAAGAAGCUUUUGGAGGAGGCCUUGACUCACUCCUCCUACACCGGGUCAGCUUCCUAUCAGCGGCUCGAAUUCGUCGGAGAUGCAGCUCUCGGCUUAGCCAUCACGAAUUACGUGUUUUUGGCAUAUCCGGACGCCGACCAGGGCAAGCUAACCCUCUUGCGCGCCGCCAAUAUCAUACCAUUCGGAGGAACCGUAGAGGAAACCUGGCCUUUUAUGGUACCUGUGAACCUCACAGUAUCUCUCCGUCAAACACAAUCAUUAAUCAGGGAGGCACAAAAUUUGAACAUGAAAUCGCCGGUGCAUUAUACGGACAACAUCCCGUCGGAGGACGAAGAGAAUCAAGAAAUCAGUAGCAUGGCGGACUCGAUGAGGGCUGUGGAGAAGCUGUUGAAUUACAAUUUCACUGACAAGAAGCUUUUGGAGGAGGCCUUGACUCACUCCUCCUACACCGGGUCAGCUUCCUAUCAGCGACUUGAAUUCGUCGGAGAUGCAGCUCUCGGCUUAGCCAUCACGAAUUACGUGUUUUUGGCAUACCCGGACGUCGACCAGGGCAAGCUAUCCCUCGUGCGCACCGCCAAUAUUAGUACCGAGAAGCUCGCCCGAGUAGCCAUCCGCCACGGCCUGUACGAAUAUGUACAUCACAAUGCUACCGCCCUUGAUGAGAAGGUGGGGGUGAAUUCUUGCUUGGAAUCUGUGGCACAAGUGCCAUGGGCGAUGACAUUACCCAAGAAUUGUUCGUUGGAGCUGCAUUAUCAAGUGCUUAUUGGGGAUUUGAACCACCUUUUCCAUUUUGAAGUCUACCAAAAUCGAGUCCUUUUCAUGGUUGUGCUUCAGGUAAUGGAAUUUGCAAUAUCAAUACAAGAGGAGGAUGAUGCAGAGGUGCAUGGAGGAUUAUUGAAAGCACCAAAAGUUCUCGCAGACAUUGUGGAGUCCGUGGCAGCUGCAGUAUACAUUGACUGUAACUUCAAUCUGAAGGAUAUGUGGAUGGUCAUUAGAGAUCUCUUGGAGCCUAUUGUCACGCUUGGUAUGCUUGAACAACAACCGCAACCAGUGACAAUGCUUUUUGAGUUGUGCCAAAAGGAUGGAAAGCAAGUUGACAUAAGACAUUGGAGAAAAGGAGAGAGAAAUAUUGCAAGCGUCUAUGUUGAUGGACAUUUUGUUGCUUCAGCUUCUGCCGAGCAAAAAGAAAAUGCAAGGCUUCAUGCAGCAAAGGCUUCUUUGCAGAAGUUGUCGUACACAUCCAGUGACAUGAUGAGGCCCGACAUCUUCAGUGAACUCAAUGGGGAAAUGGAGAUUGAAGGAGCAAAACAAAAACUCCAUGAAUUGUGUGGCAAGAAAAAAUGGCCACGACCAGAUUACAAAGUAGAUACAGAGGUUGGUCAUUCUCAUGAGAAGAAAUAUGUAUGCUCCGUUCAAAUCGAAAUAAAUGAAAGUAUACUAUUAUCAACGGGAAACAAAAAGACAAGGAUAAGAGAUGCCGAGAACUCUGCAGCUUCUGCAAUGCUUCGUGGUCUAAGAGAAUCUAAGUAUGUAUGA